AUGGUUGUUGUCCUGAUGAUUGAACGGCGGAAACAUGGCUCUGAUCCCACAGUUGAAAUCUACUCUCCUGCAAAUGAAGCAGUAGAAUAUGUUCAGGCCAAACACUUCCGCGCAGCAUUGUUCAAUCUCACCGAGUAUAUGGGGUACCCAACAGCUGAUGGCAGGACUGAUCAACUUUGGAGCAAUCUCUACAAUUUCGGGAUAUCCAAAAUAUCUAAAGAGGAAGCUGCCAAGCUGCAUACACCAACAUUGGCAAUACCAGGCACAGAAGACUAUCUCAUUGAGCUAGAUGUGUGGCAUGAGCUCCAUUGUCUCAAUGACAUACGGAAGGUGUUCUACCCUGAGGUCUACGGCGGUCUUGAGGAAGUCACAUGGCCUAACGGAACCAUCAACCGCGACACGGACGCCUUUCGACACUGGGACCAUUGCAUCGACUCAUUAAGGCAGACAAUAAUGUGCCACGCCGACGUUGCUCCCAUUCCUUUUCACGUGAACGUGCCAGACAAGAAAGGAAUAUUCCCAAGACUAGCUACAACUCACACAUGUCGCAAUUUUGACCGGAUUCAACAGUGGGCAAAAGACAACUGGGCUGGAGCAUGGGACUUCAAUCUAAAUCCAGAAAAAGCCGACGAAAUCAUCGCCGCCAGCGGAUUUGAUAACGGACCAGAGGAAGACAUCGAAUUCCUUUGGGAGCUCUUUCCCGGCAAUCCAUACUUCAAGCAUUGGCGAGAGCACACUGACUGA